GGGGGCGGAAGGGGCGCGCGCUCGCUCUUUCGUGUCAGUGCUCGGCCCGGCCGCCCGCGCGUCCCCGCUGCUCCCGCCGCCCGCCCGCGGCCCGAUCCCCCCGCGCCGCCGCCCCGCCGGACGCGCCCACCCCGCUCCCGACACAGCUCGGCCGCCGCCCCUGCGCCGCCAGGCACCGCCGCCAUCAUGGUGAAGAUUACCAAGACCCCGAAGAAUCAAAUCAAACAGAAAAAAAUGGCUCCUCCUCCGAAAAAGUUCGAGGAAAGUGAGGAAGAGGAGUCCUCUGACCUAGACGAGAGCAGCGGAGAAGAGAUGAUCCCCCAGAAGAAACCACAAAAAGUUGCUGUUACCCCAGCCAAGAAGGCUGCAACUCCUGCCAAAAAAGUUGCUACUCCUGCAAAAAAGGCAGUUACACCUGCAAAGAAGGUUGUGGCUACUCCACAGCCCAAAAAGGCUGUUACUCCAACUCCUAAAAAGGCUGCUGUCCUAACCAAAGGAGCAAAAAAUGGAAAGAAUGCCAAGAAGGAGGAGAGUGAAGAAGAAGAUGAUGAAGAUGAUGACGAAGAUGAUGAUGAUGAGGAGGAGGAUGAAGAAGAUUCUGAUGAGGAGGAGGAACCACCAAUGCCUGUGAAGCCUGCAGCCAAAAAGCCUGCAGCAGUACCAGCCAAAAAGCCUGCAGCUGUGCCAGCAAAGCAGGAAUCUGAGGAGGAGGAUGAGGAUGAAGAGGAUGAUGAGGAUGAUGAAGAAGAUGAUGAGUCUGAAGAUGAAGCUAUGGACACAGCCCCUGUUCCAGUGAAGAAAACCACUCCAGCCAAGGCUGCACCAGUGAAAGCCAAGGCAGCAGAAUCUGAAGAUGAGGAAGAUGAGGAGGAGGAUGACGAUGAGGAUGACGAUGAAGAGGAGGAAGAUGAAGAGGAUGCCGAGGAGGAAAGUGAAGAUGAAAAACCUGUCAAGGAAGCACCUGGAAAGAGGAAGAAAGAAAUGACCAAUAAAAGUGCACCAGAGCCCAAGAAAAAGAAAACAGAUGGGCCCACAUCAGCUUUCUCUGUAUUUGUUGGAAAUUUGGUCUGCACCAAGGAGUUUGAGGAGCUGAAGACGGGACUCAGAGAAUUCUUUGGGAAGAAGAAUAUUGAAGUUGUAGAUGUCAGAAUUGGUGCUUCCAAGCGGUUCGGCUAUGUGGACUUCUCCUCUGCUGAGGAUCUGGAUAAAGCUCUCCAGAUGAAUGGAAAGAAAUUAAUGGGUUUGGAAAUCAAACUGGAAAAAGCAAAAAGCAAGGAAGCUAUGAAAGAAGACAAGAAAGAGAGAGAUGCCAGAACGCUGUUUUUGAAGAACCUGCCCUACCGCAUAACCGAGGAUGACAUCAAGGAGGUGUUUGAAAAUGCAGUGGAGGUCCGGAUAGUGAUGAACAAGGACGGGAGCAGCAAAGGGAUGGCCUACAUUGAAUUUAAAACAGAAGCUGAGGCAAACAAAGCUCUGGAGGAGAAGCAGGGCACAGAAAUUGAGGGUCGUGCCGUGGUCAUUGACUUCACUGGUGAGAAGAGCCAGCAAGAACAUCAGAAAGGAGAGUCGAAGACCCUAAUUGUCAACAACCUCUCGUAUGCUGCUACAGAAGAGACUCUCCAAGAAGUGUUUAAGAAAGCUUCUUCCAUCAAGGUGCCACAGAACAACCAGGGCAGGCCUAAAGGGUAUGCAUUUGUAGAUUUUGCCACAACUGAAGAUGCCAGAGAGGCAUUGAAUUCCUAUAACAACACAGAGAUUGAAGGCAGAACAAUCAGACUGGAAUUCAGUGCACAGAAAGGGAACACGAACGCACGAGGAGGAGGAUUCAGUCAGCAAAGCAAAACAUUGUUUGUCAGAGGCCUUUCUGAGGACACCACAGAGGAGACGUUAAGAGAAUCGUUUGAAGGCUCAAUAAGUGCAAGAAUAGUCACAGACAGAGACACUGGAUCAUCUAAAGGGUUUGGUUUUGUGGACUUCAGCUCUGCAGAAGAUGCCAAAGCAGCCAAGGAAGCCAUGGAAGAUGGAGAGAUAGAUGGAAACAAAGUGACCCUUGAUUUUGCCAAGCCAAAGGGUGACUUUCAGCGUGGUGGUGGAUUUGGUGGUCGUGGUGGCAGAGGAGGUGGCCGAGGAGGAAGAGGUGGAUUUGGUGGCAGAGGAGGUGGCAGAGGUGGAUUUGGAGGUAGAGGAGGAGGUGGCUUCCGAGGAGGCAGAGGAGGAGGUGGAGAUCACAAGCCGCAAGGGAAGAAGAUCAAGUUUGAAUAAACUUCCCCUUUCCUUUCCCUUUUCCUGCUCUCUGAGACUAUCUGAAAGGACUCCGGGGGUUUUUAUUCUCCUUUGAUCUUGGCGGAGCCUUCGGAGGACAUUCCAAGAAGCGAAGCAGUACUGUGAGCCGCUUGGAAGAUAAAAUUUUCAUUUCAAGGAAGAGAGAGCAAGCCAUUUUGACUGCUUGCCUGUUCAAACGAACUUUUUAAAACAAAGAGUGAUAGAUGUGGGAAUUUACCCCUUGUCUGUGAGUUGUCUUGAAUUUAUAAUGUUUUACCCAUGUACAAAUUUUUUUUUUCCUAUAAACUUCUGUAGCAUUUUUGCUGUAAAAAUGCAGAAUGUUUUAUCAUUUGUGCUUUAGCACCCUGUCUUGGACAGAUUAAAGGACCUAAACUGGUUCGUGUUACUUCUGUGCCACUAGAUGAAGCCAGGCUGUGAGAAACAGGCUGUCUGUAGCCUUCCCUCUUUUGGGUUAAGGUCAUUGGUGUCACAGCAGCAGCUUCUGUCCUGCUCUGCUCCAGCAGUGUAUGCAUGCUGUUAGCAGGAAGUAGGGGAAAGGAUUAUGGUGGCCAAGGUAAGCUCUGUAACCACAACCUUUUUUUUUUUUAAACUGAAGAUGCUGUGAUGGUGCUUGCUAGCCAUUUGCUUUUCUACUUUCUUUUUAAACAAAGUAAAUCAGAUCUUGUACUAA